AUGGCCAAAGCGUCCGCCAAGCAGCGAUUUCCGGAAAGGAACUGGGGAACAAACCGUCCGACCAAGUCUCGGGGGCAGGGCGAAGGUGAAAUCCUUGCCGCCUUGGGAACACAGAGCCAACUGGUGUACAUACCGGGCGAUGGGCGCUGCCGUACGGCGACAGACGGAGCCGGUAAGAAGCCCGCGGUGGACCUCGGCGUGCUGGAGGAAGACGACGAAUUCGAGGAGUUCCCAGCCGAAGACUGGACGGGGCUGGACGAGGACGAGGACACGCACGUGUGGGAAGACAACUGGGAUGACGACAACCUGGAGGAAUAUUUCUCAAAUCAGCUGAGGGCCGAGCUUGAAAAGCACGGACAUAAGAUGGAGACCUCGUAGAGAAGGAAUGACGUUUGUGGAGGGGAGGGGCGGAGAGUCUUCAAAGCCCCCCACACCACCGUUUGGCUUUUGCAUUAAAAUAAUGCCUCCCGCGAUCUCUGUUUUUUUUUUUGUUUAUCCAUGACCUGUUCUUGGAGUCGUCACCGAAGAGAAAGGGGAUGAGUUGUGGAAAGCAAACGUGAAAAAUUGUCACCAUUCUCCAGCCAUGUUGGAUUUGUUUAAUGUCCUGUUGGGAUUUUCACCGUUCGGAAUCAAGUUUAAUAUUUUGAAAAAAAAAA